AAUCACGUCAAUCAACCCAGUGGUUUCGAUCUAACCCUAAUCUAUAAAGUUGAUUUCUAGCGCCGAGUGUUAUGUCACUGCCACAGUUCAGAGAAGAGCAGCAUCCAAAACCCCUUAGCAUUUCGUCUCUCGUCAUCCAUUGAUAGACAUCAUGUCGAGGAGAAAGACCAGAGAGCCCAAGGAAGAAACAGUCACUCUUGGACCCGCUGUUCGCGACGGGGAGCAAGUUUUCGGUGUUGUUCACAUCUUUGCAUCUUUCAAUGACACUUUCAUCCAUGUGACUGAUCUUUCUGGAAGAGAAACUCUCGUUCGUAUCACAGGUGGGAUGAAGGUCAAGGCUGACCGUGAUGAGUCAUCUCCUUAUGCUGCUAUGCUUGCUGCUCAAGAUGUUGCUCAGAGAUGCAAGGAGCUCGGCAUCACAGCCAUGCACGUGAAGCUCCGUGCCACUGGAGGAAACAAAACCAAGACUCCAGGUCCUGGUGCCCAGUCUGCUCUCAGAGCCCUUGCUCGUUCUGGCAUGAAGAUUGGUCGUAUAGAGGAUGUGACUCCGAUUCCCACCGACAGUACACGUAGAAAGGGUGGACGUAGAGGAAGAAGACUUUGAUUUCCCCAUGAGAGCCUACUCGUCAUUGUUCAGUUGUUGUGCCCUUUGACUCUGGUUGUUUAUUGGGUAACACACUUGGAAUUUAGUUCUUUCUCGUUACAAUUCAUCUUUUCAUGUUGCUUCGGAAACAUUAUAAGUGGUGUCUUUCUUCAAUGUUGUAACUUUUGCAUUUGGAGUUUUGAGAAUCAGAAGAGGAACAGUGACUAUAUGUUUUACCU